ACUUACCAAUUUUGCAUCACUCCACCAAAACUCUUCCCUUUUUGACUUUUUUCGGAGUCUCCUAAGAAUUGAAUUCCCGGAGUGUAGUUCACCUACUGAAUCCCUUCUGCCUUGUGCGUCAAUGGGCUCAAAAUACUCCCAAAUGAUCAUCUUUCACAUUCUUCUUCUCAGCUAAAGAUCUCUCCUGUUCAACCUGUUCUUGAAAUUCCUCUUCUUUGGAACAAUGGCGAUUUCAUAUGGGUUCUUCUCGCCUUCUGUGCCUUUUACUCUCAACAACAGAAUUUCUCCAUUUUUAGGGUUAAGCGAGUCUGGGUUUUGUUCCUAUUUGAGUGUCACCAAAAGGGCUUCUUGCUCUUCCAUUGAAGCUGAUGCUGCUGAUGUUUCUCCUCGUGUAUCAAGAGUUUCUGGGAUAGUAAAUAGAGGUUGCAAGCUAGUUGGUUGUGGUUCUGCUGUACCCAAGCUGCAAAUCUCCAAUGAUGACCUUUCUAAAAUUGUUGAAACUUCGGAUGAAUGGAUAUCUACUCGAACUGGGAUUCGCAAUCGGCGUAUCCUUUCAGGUGAGGAGAGCUUGGUAGGCUUAGCUGCCGAAGCAGCAAGGAAAGCUCUUCAGAUGGCCAACGUUGACCCUGAUGAUGUUGACCUUAUCUUGAUGUGCACUUCUACACCAGAAGACCUCUUUGGCAGUGCUCCUCAGGUACAAAGAGCAUUGGGGUGCAGCCGAAGUCCUUUGUCUUAUGAUAUUACUGCAGCUUGCAGUGGAUUUAUGCUGGGUUUGGUGUCAGCUGCUUGUCACGUAAGGGGUGGUGGAUUUCAGAAUGUGCUAGUUAUAGGGGCAGAUGCUCUUUCUCGUUUUGUUGACUGGACUGAUAGAGGGACCUGCAUACUCUUUGGUGAUGCUGCUGCUGCUGUAGUUGUCCAGGCUUGUGACAGUGAAGAAGAUGGCGUGUUUUCUUUUGACCUGCAUAGUGAUGGCGAGGGCGCAAGACAUUUAAGUGCAUCCCUAAGACAUGAUGAAACCGAUGCAGCAAUAGGUAGCAAUGAUGCUGUGACAGGUUUUCCCCCAAGGCGCCCAUCUUAUGCACAUAUUAAUAUGAAUGGGAAAGAGGUCUUUCGCUUUGCUGUUAGAUCUGUUCCUCAGUCAAUUGAGGCUGCACUUAAAAAGGCUGGUCUAAAUGGUUCGAACAUCGAUUGGUUACUAUUGCAUCAGGCAAACCAGAGGAUCAUUGAUGCCGUUGCAACACGUUUGGAAAUUCCUUCAGAACGUGUCUUGUCUAAUUUAGCAAAUUAUGGUAACACCAGUGCCGCAUCCAUCCCCUUGGCAUUGGAUGAAGCUAUUCAGAGUGGAAAAGUUAAGCCAGGACAUAUCAUUGCAACAUCUGGAUUUGGUGCUGGUUUAACAUGGGGUUCUUCCAUUAUUAGAUGGGGAUAAACAAAGAAAAGAAUUUGCGACAUGAUUUAUUUAAUUCAAAUCAGGUGAAUUUAUUCUGCAGAGCUAGGAUUUUUUUUCAGGUGAGUGAUUCAAACAGGUUUCUCUAGGUUGCUCGUCCCAUCACUUAGACCGUCUAUGUUAGAUUUGAUAAGUAGUUUCAUCUUCAUUGAAACACAGAACAAGUUAUUGCCAUUGCCGAUUUUACAGAUACAUGGCAAAAUGUUAUGAAUACUUAGAAUUUUAGAAAGGGAGAAAACUCUUUUUUUACUGAAAACUCUGCCUCAUAUUAACACUAUCCUUCUUUUUGUAUAUCAAAGAACAUACUAAUAUUCAUCAAGAACUUUGGUUUGGUUCUAAAUAAUAGGCCUCAUUUGGCUUCUUUGUUA